UCUCCAAAAAUACUCGCAAAUACAAACCGUGAAAUGGAGUUAUUGCAAACAAACAAAAACGCCCAUUUAAUACAAUUCCAUCCCAAACACGAUACGCAUCAAAAGGAGGUUUACAGCCGUCAAGAAGAAGCAACCAUUGGUGGGUUUUCAGUAAUUACCAUUCUACCCUCUCGACAUUGGUCGAGAAUGUAAUACACACACAUGUAAUCAGGAGAAGUACAAAACCCAACAAGAUUCAAUGGAAAUGGAUGCACGCCGUUCUUCUCAUCCUACUCCACUUCUAAAAUCCCAACGGCCUCGGCAGUGAUCGUUAUUUAACGGAUGAUGACCCUUUAAUGCACGUAUCUGCUGCGCCUUUGGUGUUAUCCGACGCUGCGGGUACUGAUCCAGCAGGCGUGUUUCCAUGGGUAGAUCUGCUUGGAUUUGGGCUUUUGAUGCUGAAAAAGAAAAACCCAUUUCCUGUAAGGAGCUGCAUUGAUUUGCAUCAGGGGUGGAGGGCAUUUCCGAAAUUAGAAUAAAUGAAGCCAUGCCAUGUUUGUGAGGUUUUAUGAGGCCCCUGUCAUGCGGGUAGAAUUGGAGGGUGUGGAUGGAUUUGUGUGAGACUGAGCUAGUGCAGCAGAAGGAUGCUGCCGACAACGAUAUAAGACCGCCGUUGGUACCAUCAGAGAAGAACAAUGCUGUCGUUGCUGCCCGCAAGCCACGGACGAGGGAGGUCACGUCGAGAUACAAGUCCACGGUCACGCCAACACCUGCCACUCCCAGGCGGUGCUUGACUCCCAACUCAGCCCGGACGGUCAGCAGUCCGAUCCCAAAACGGGCCCAAUCAACUGAGAGGAGACGGCCCACGACACCCUCGUCCUCCCCAUCGAGGCCUUCCACGCCUGUGAAUGAUUCGCCGAUGCGGUCGAUGGGUGGCAGGACGAUGGAGGGCUUAUGGCCUUCAACACGGAGCCUGUCUGUUUCAUUCCAGGCUGAUACUUUCUCGAUUCCUGUUACCAAGAGAGAAAGACCGGUUACACCCAUUUCUUCCGUUCACACGUUGAGGAAUUCUGCCAAUGUGGCGCAUAGGCAGGCUGAAAAUCCGGCUGUUCAUCGUAAGGUGACGCCAGAAAGGAAGAGGACUCCUCUUAGAGGAAAGAACACUACGGAUCAAUCAGAGAAUUCGAAGCCUGUAGAGAAUCCACAUGCUAGAGUCAUAGAUCAGCAUCGGUGGCCCAGCAGAACAGGGGGGAAGGUGUCUGCCAACUCCCUAACUAGAAGCAUUGAUCUCACCAAAUCCGCUUCUUUGCCAAUUCAGGGACAUGGGGUCUCCCCGACUCGGAGAACACCUGUAUCUGAUGGUAGGGGUUUACAGAAAUCCAUGAGCGAGGUGACAAGGCGAGUCUCUUUUGAUGGAAGCAGAAGAGUAGAGUAUGAAUCAGGUUCGAUUCGUUUGGUUGAUGAUGCCUCCUUGCGAAUAUCUGGAACUCUCAAGUCUGUUUCAUCGAGUCCCAGGGUCUCUCCAAGUUCAUUGGAAGCAGCUCCUUUCAUAACUCGUCCAAGUAGAACUCAGUCAUUGCCUAUUACAGGGCUGCAUCAUCCUCCACCAAAUAAGGCCACAUUGUCACCGUCUUCUUCCUCUAGGGGUAUGGUCAGCCCAUCCCGCACGAGGCCAUCAACCCCUUCAGCAAACUCUGUAACUAGUCGAUCCAGCAGUUCUACUUCUGUACUUAGCUUUAUUGCUGAUGUUCGGAAAGGAAAGAAGGGCGCAAGCCACAUAGAAGAUGCUCAUCAGCUGAGGCUGCUGUACAAUAGAUACUUGCAGUGGCGCUUUGUCAAUGCUCGAGCAGACGUUGCAUUGUCUAUUCAGAAAGUGAGCGCAGAGAAUAUUCUUUACAAUGUGUGGAAUACCACCUCAGAACUGCGUGACUCUGUCAGCAUGAAAAGGAUUGACCUCCAACAAAUGAGGCAAGAGAUGAAGCUGAACACAAUUCUAAAUGGACAAGUGACCUACCUUGAUGAUUGGGCUUCAGCUGAAAGAGAGCAUUCUAGUUCUUUAUCUGGGGCAAUUGAAGCUUUGGAGGCAAGCACUCUCCGCCUUCCCAUUACUGGGGGUGCAAGGGCGGACAUCCACACGGUGAAGGAAGCUGUCAGCUCUGCAGUUGAUGUUAUGCAAGCUAUGGGGUCCUCCAUCUGCUCUUUACUUUCGAGGGUGGAGGGGGUAAACCAUUUGGUUUCUGAACUUGCUAAUGUAGCUGCACAGGAGAGAGCUAUGCUUGAUGAAUGUGGAGAUCUAUUAGCUUCGACAGCAGCGAUGCAGGUAGAGGAAUCCAGCCUCAGAACGCAUCUCAUUCAACGGAAACAAGCCAUGCAUAAGGCGGAGCAGCCAAUAUCAGCAGCAAUUCAGGCAUUCGUGUGACUGCCACUUGAAGCUCCUCGCACUUUACAACUUACUGUUUCCGAUUGUCCUUGGCAGAGAUAACAACAUGCCCGCGAUGUUCAGUGAGUGUAAAUUGGCCUCUUUUUUACUGCAGCGGGCACAUUAUUUACUAUUAUUAUUCUUUUCUCGCAAGAGGGCUCGCCGAGCUCUUCCCUUUUGCUCGUGUAAUUUUUGUACCCCACACAUGAAAAGAAAAUCAAAGAAGGUAAAUCGUGAAAAAGAAGAAGAAGAUGCGUAACAACUGUAUGUGUGUCUGUGAGUCCACGCAUCUGAGUACUUUCUUGGAUUCAUGACCCAUGAUCAUGGGGUCAGAAGCCUGCACUUGAGCAUUAUACUUGCAUUUGGUCGUCUGCCUUAAUAGAGCGGGGCAGCCUAUCAAGCCAUGCCACAGGAGUUGUGGAUCUUUUGGUUGGUGCAUUCAUGAACCACAAGGAUGUGACCGCUGAGCGCCCAUCAUGUGUGGCUUCAAAGAGGUGGUUCGAAUUGGGCCUGAAAGCGGGACCCAGUGGACCACCAUCCAAUGUAUAUUCGGCUUAUCAGAAUGAUUUGAAGGCGGCCCUGGUAAGAUAAUGCAGCUUCAAUAUAACUUGAAAUCAGUGUUGCUCCCAUCUCCACAGUCAGGCUGCUGGUCCGGGUCCCGCACAUUAACAGAAAAGAUUUGUACAAUCAUAGUCCAGAUUCAGCGGAAGAAGUCAGGCUGCUGCUGCUUAUUCAGAGGGCGAAAACCAGGAUCAAGAAUCUUAGGUUUGUGUUUAGACUAACAUAAUGCAUAUGGAUUCCAAUACUUCAGAGAUACAGUAAGUUCAUAGCACGAUUGGAGGUUAUUUUGAGAACGAGUUAGCAUUGAACACACGAAAUGGCGGCUGGGGGAUUUAUGGAUGCAAUUUGCAUCUGUGAAUGGUGAUUUUGCUUGUAACAGGGAUUGGAUUUAAAUGAAUCAUUGUUUAGUGUUGAAAAUAUUUGAAUUUAUUAUUUAUUUUAUUUUUCUGAAAAUUUGAAAACCUAAUGUAAUUAUUGUAUCUUGAUCAAUUCUAAUUAAAAUUGAUGUUUUCAGUAGAAA